AUUGAAUCGAUAACGUCGGAAGUGAUAUAAAGAUGGUAAAGGAAUUCUAACCCAAACGAGUAAUAAAUACAGAUCUGUAUGAAUACAUAGCCUACAGGAUAAACAUAUUACCAUUAAUGAAUUAUCGUCUAUAGUUUUUAGGAUGUAUAAUAUAUACCAUCCUUAAUUAGCAUAUAUCUCAUUUAUGGAACAAGACGUUAAACGCAAUCGACGAUAUAAAUACGACACACCUAAAAGUUGAAAAUGUACGUGAUGUCUUGAAUCGAUGUGUGGCUAAGCCCAUUUACGGGCCUAUUUUUAAAGUGCAAAAUUAAAAGACACUGUAUUUUCGUGAUGCUGUCAGAAGUCGAUGUAUUUAUCAGUAAUUAUACUCUCGUCGAUCCUGAGAUAUAUCAGCUUUGGGUCGAUGGCCAUUCAUCAAGCGAAGCAGUAAAUAUCUUACAUCAACGAGGAAUAUGUCAACAAACGAAUGCCUCGAUUGAAUUAGUAGCUUCUGAUAUCCUCGAUCACUAUCGGACUUAUGCACUCCUAGAAAAAUUACUUCACACGCCUACUAAACUGGCGAGCGAACAGCUCGCGUUUCAAAUAGAACCACAAACAAGUCAAAUGCUUAUUGAAAUGUACUAUGAAUUCGAUGACGUUGUUAUCAGAGAAUUAUUAGGUAAAAAAUUAACGUCUAAAAGUAGAAAAGAUAUGGAUGAGGUGUCAGAAAAAACAGGCAUAACAUUAAAGAGUUGUCGUCGACAAUAUGAUAAUGUGAAAAGAGUCUUCAAAGUUGUUGAAGAUCUACCAGGUUCUCUGGCUGCUAAUAUCGAACAACAUUUUUUGCUCUCAGAAGAUCUUGCCAAGCGAUAUGCUGCUGUGGUGUUCAUAGCGUGUCUUAGAUUUGAGAUGAACAAAAGAAAGCUUCAGUUCUUAACGUUUCCUGAUUUAUAUCAUUGUGCCAACAGUAUGAUGUCAUCGUGGACAUACCGUUGUGUUGGAUCAGAAUAUUUUGACACUGAUUUAGAUAGAGAAUUUUUGUUAGAGUUAGCAGAAUGUAGGGUGCUUUUAGAAAAUGAUAAACAUCAUAAACAUUUGGUGUGCAUCAAGCUUAAACCUAUGCUUUUAGAACGUUCGUUUCAAGAAAUAGAUACUAACUUUCGUUCAUAUACAAGAGCUAUCCUAGGAAUAGGAUGUAAUCUCCAUCGCACCAGAGAUUUACGAUUUUUUUUCUUGGAACUGGUAGAAAGAUGUAUAGAACCGUGGCGUCAAGUGAACUGGACACACGCUGACCUCAGAAAUUUCAUGUCAGUUUAUACUCAAUGCGCGCUAGAUAUGGAUGUACUUAGGGAUAAUGAAUUAAGAGACGCGUUUGAACGUUAUAUGACUGUUGUUACAUGUUGUUUAUUGCGCAUGUAUCAUACAUGACCAUUAACAGAUGAGGAAAAUGGAAUACAAAAGCUUAAUACGAUUGGGAAUGAUGAUAAAUGAGCCAUAGAAAAUGAAUGAAAUGGAGGAAAUUGUAGUUAUAUUGGAAUUUAUUAAAUUUUCAUAAUAAAUAAUUAAUAAACAAA